CCCAAGGGGUGGCUCUGACCGGCCAUGUCGUUCCCGUGGACCCCGCAGAUGGACCCCCGUGCGGGAUCGGUCUGCGAGGUGAGGUGCUGCUGCCCUUGGUGUCCCCAUGCUGCAGAGACACAGUGGUAGCUGUAGCCGAGGAGCCCCAGGAGGUGAUGACGACCCCGACUGAAGACUCGCCCAAGGUGGUGGACACAGAAGAGGACCACCACGAGGUGCCGUUGACUCUGACCGAGGAGUCCCCCAAGCUGCUGGUGCCCACAAACAAGGACCUCCCUGAGGUCCCUGCAGAGCAGCUGAGAUGCAAUGUGCCACGGGGGACUUGCCUGAUCCACAACUGGCAGGAGGAGAGAGCCACCAACCACCUGGACAAUGUGGUACCACGGGAGUUGGGCAGCGAGGGCUUCAUCUACCGGCAUGGUCAUCGUGGGCUGCUAGCCCCCCUACACCCACUGGUUUCAAUGCCCUGCAGCACCACCAAGGAUGCCUUCCACCCACCCCACAGAAUCCCACUGCUGGCACAAGGGCAGCGGGAAGCCAUGCUGGAGAGGAUGCUGUACCAGAAGUACCAGCAGGAGCUGAUGGAGGAGAUCCAUCCACCGCCUGAUCCCAUGGAGACCCUCUCCACCACACACCGGGAUUAUCAGGCGGGGGGCUUCCAGCCCACACCCCCACUCACCACUCAGCCCCACAACUACCUCAUGGAGCAGCCCCGCAGCUUCUGGCUGGAGCGAGCCCACAGCGUGACCGGUGUCACCUGCAUCCUCACUGGGGACAGUCCCUUCCGUAGGAACACCGCCUUCUCCACCCCCAUCACCGAGUAUCUCGAGCAGCCCCUGCUCUAUGAGGCAGCUAUCCGCCAGCCGCGGCACAGCAUGCAAUAAAGAGCAGGGGCCAGCACUGCUGCUGGCACACUGGUGUUC